GCUAUGCAAUGUCCGUGUAGUAGCGGCUCUGUGAUUCAGCUUCUAGUAUUUUUACACUAAUAACUAUUACUUAGGUCAUUGGUCUCUUCAGUAAGCUGUGAACAGUGAAGGGGGUAGCCGAGGCAAUCUCAACAUACAUUUGGCUUCACCAGAACUUGCUACCAGAAACUCUAAAUAAGAACCUAGGAGCUGUGUGUGUGUGUGUGUGUGUGUGCGUGUGUGUUUUUGCGUAGCUAGCGUAACUGUAACCUGUAGCUAGCAGCAUUUGAUACUGUAAUCUUGGUGUCAGAAUUCAUUUUUCAUAGCCGACCUGGAGAAUGCCCAGACUUUUGUGGAUUGACAGUCUUUUCAUCUGACCGCACUUCACAUUUCUAACUUAGUUAACGCCAGAGCGUUACGAACAUAUCCAGGAGGGUGACGCUGACUACUGCAACUUCACAGAAUGAGGGCGAAAGCUAAGUUUGAGAAUAUUAAGGACAAAAUUGAUGGCAAUGAGGUGGACCUCAGUCUUUGCAACCUCACCGAUGUCCCCGUCAGAGAGCUGGCGGCUUAUCCCAAAGCCACAAAACUGGAUAUCUCCUGCAACAAUUUGAUCACUCUCCCACCCGAGUUCUGUGGCCUAACUCACCUGGUGAGGAUCGACCUGAGUAAGAACCAGCUGACGAGUCUCCCUGAAGACCUGGGCCUCCUCACCAGCCUGAACCACCUGGACCUCUUCCAGAACAAACUACAGACACUGCCCGUCAGCUUCUCACAGCUCAGGAGUCUGAAAUGGCUGGACCUAAAAGAUAACCCUCUUGAGGCAACUCUGGCCAAAGCUGCUGGCGACUGUCUGGAUGACAAGCAGUGCAGGCAAUGUGCUGUGAAGGUACUGCAGCACAUGAGGGUCCUUCAGGAGGAGGCGGAUAGGCUGAGAGAGAAGCAUCUGCUCAGACAAAGAGAGCUGGAGCUGAAGCGCGAGGCCAAGCAGAGGGAGCGGGAGGCGAAGGAGAAGGAGGUGCGGAAGCGAGAGAAGGCGGAGGAGAAGGAGAGGAAGAGGAAGGAGUACGAGGCCCAGCAGGCCGCGCUGGCCACCCAGGAGCAGCAGAAGAAGAAGAGGGAGGAGAAGAAAAAGAGAGCUGCAGCCGCCGCAGAUAAGAAGAAGGUGGAGUCUGUGGUGGUGGCGCGUUCCGGUUGGUCAGUGUCGUGCGUGCUGUUCCGCUUCCUGCUCCUGCUGCUGCUGGGAGUGGGCAGCUCGGUGGCGGUGUGCCAUCUGAGCGCGCUCCGCGAGGAGGAGGUGUGCGCGCCGCUCCGGAUGCUCCUGCAGGGGGCGCUUCAGUGGGCCGAGGGCCAGGAGCUCCUGCAGCCCAUCCUACAGAAGAUCUCGGACCUCACCGCCUCCAGCCAAGCCCUCUGACCGCAUCGCCCGACACCCACCACACACCCGCUAGGCUCAGAGAGACUUGCCAGCCCCUCUUCCUCCAGCUCCUCCAUUUAAUAAGGUACUUGUGUGGGUAUCAUCCGUACCAGGUUAUCAUCCGCUACAGAUGAUACCCACACUUGCAUGCUGCUCAGACAAACCCCAACAUUUUGAAAAAAAGUUGGGUGGUGUCGGUUGCAGUCUAGAAUGUUCAGAUGACCAACUGACAAACAGCAACCAACUCCCAACAAACACCCUAACAGUCGGGUCAGUGUGUGUGGUCAGUCUGUCGGUCUGUGUUGGGUGUUUGUUGGAUGGAGUUGUCCAAGUUUGACAUGUCCAAAAGGUGGACAUAGCAGUAGGUGUUCUGAACCUUCAAAAGACCGCUACCAACAACUUCCAACUUUAGAAUGUUGGGGUUUGUUUUCUGAGUAGUUGCCAGGCACCUUAACAUCCCCCCACCCCGCCCCCGUGACAUCAACAGCAUCUCUCUGCAGCCGUGCCCUCCCAAUGCUCACCCAUCUCCGAGAGACCAGCAAGCUCCUCCUCCAGCCUUUGGCCCCAGCUAGUAACAUCACAUCCUGUCAGUCAUACACAUUUCAACAUGCCCUCGCCAUAGGACAUCUCAAGCCUCUGACCCCUCCCUCUGGCUGUCACUCAAAGGGCUCAGUCUGAGCCUGGCUAUUGGGGGCUUGGCUUAGUGGACGUGGCAAAUUCUAGAAAGGUGUGGUUGUCAGGGAAGGAGGUGUUGCCAUCAGCAUGAAUUCCUAUGGAAUUGUUUCUGCUGGUUCUCCAUCGUUCUGGUUUUAACCAAUCACAGCGGACUUUUGCUGACACAAGCGUCAAGCUUAGCAGCCCCAGGGGGCCAAGCCCUGCUGCCACUUCUGAAGUGUCACCAUCAGUAACUGCCAAUCAGAAACAUUGCCGCCCAGUCACGUAACCAACGCCAACUGUCCGUGGCUGUGACUGCUACUGCUGCUUCUGCCUUUAACUGUGCUCAAAGUCCUCAGGGUGGUCUUACAUCUCACGCUAAUGUGUGUGUGUGUGUGUCUGCCUGCCUGGCCUGUAACUGUGCUAAGUCCUCAGGGCUGUCUCACGUCUCACGUUAAUGAGUGUGUGUGUGUGUGUGCCUGUAACUGUGAUAUCAGUCUUGAAUUGACAGUCUGAUAUGCUAUGCUAUUAAGUGUGUGUGUGUGUGUGCGUGUGUGUGUGUGUGCGUGUGUGUAUGUUCAAUCAAACUGACUGGGGACUGCAGCUUGAGUAAAAAGGUGAACCUGCACUUGUGUCUGAAUGUCUCAUCUUUACAUAAAUACACAUGCCUGUUAUUAAUCAGUGCUCAAUAAAUGCCUGACAGCACGA